AUGGAGUACGAGGCUGGAACUUACAGGAAGUUAGUGGUUAAGCAGUAUCCGGCCCGCACUCUCCGGGAGACUGCCGAGGGCAAGUAUUGGAAGCGCUUUGCAGCGCCCUCUGUAGCCAAGCAGAUCGGUGGCGUCUCACAUAUAGACUUCUGCCCGCAGCAGCCAUAUCAUUAUGCCAUCACAGCGUCGACACGGGUCAUCGUGUACGACGGCCAGACGCGGCAGGUGCGCCGCACGAUAGCGCGCUUCAAGGACAAGGCGUACGGCGCGACGUUCAGGGAGGACGGGAAGCUGCUGGUAGCUGGGGGGCAGGACGGCAUCGUGCAGGUGUUUGACGCGAACAGCCGCAACGUGCUGCGGCAGCUGAAGGGCCACGCGCGCCCCGUCCACGCCGCGCGGUUCGCGUCCGACCGGACGCACGUGCUGAGCUGCGGGGAUGACGUGACAGUGCGGUGGUGGGACCUCACGGCCGGAAAGCAGGUCUGCCGCUUGGACGGCCACCAGGACUAUGUCCGGUCAGCAGCCCCCUCCCCAGCCAACUCAGACGUCUGGCUCACGGGCAGCUACGACCACACGGCCAUGCUCUGGGACGUCCGCGCCGGCGGGCGCGGCGGCAGCAGCAGCGGCGGCGGCGGGCGCGGCGGCGGCGGCGGGCCGGCGAUGGUGCUGGAUCACGGGGCGCCGGUGGAGGGCGUUGCGUUCUUCCCGUCCGGCGCGAUGGCGGUGACGGCGGGCGGCAACACGAUCUGCGUCUGGGACGUGCUCAGCGGCGGGAAGCUGCUCAAGCGGCUGGCCAACUUCCAGAAGACCGUCACCUGCGUCGCCCUCUCGCCGCUCGCGGGGCCCGACGUGGCGGCGGCGCCGCGGCUGCUGGCGGGCUCGCUGGAUGGUCACGUGAAGAUCUUUGAGCUCGACGGCUUCAAGGUCACCCACGCGACCAAGUACCCGGCCCCUGUGUUGAGCCUCGGCCUCAGCGGCGACGCGGGACUGCUCGCCGUCGGACUGUCGGACGGCACCCUCACAGUCCGCAAGCACGCGCGCCCAAAGGGCCUCUCAUCCUCAGCCGGCGCCGCCGGCGCCGCCGGCGCGCUCGGCGCGGCGUCGGCGGCCGCGCGGCGGCGCGCGCGGCUGGAGCUAAACGCGGGCAACUUCCGGUACUUCCUCAGGGGCCGCGGCACCAAGGCGGCGGCGGGGGACUACGCGGUGGCGGCGCGGCGGCGGGCGCGGCUGGCGCCGUACGACCGGCUGCUCAAGGGCUUCCAAUACAGGUGA